AUGGCGGCCGCUCUGCUCUGCUCCCUGCUCCUCGUCUCUCUGCCUCCUCUGGUCCUCAACAUCCACAACACGUCAGCUGGAGGCUGUGGCAUCAUCAAACCGCCGCGAGAAGGAGGCAUCCGCUACAGAGGCCUGACCCAAGAGCAGAUCCGUAGCAUUCAGAUCCUCCCUGUGGACUAUGAGAUCGAGUACAUCUGCAGAGAGAACAGGGUCAUCGUGGGGCCGAAGGUGCGGAAGUGCUUGCCCAAUGGCACGUGGACAGACAUGACCCAACACAGCAGCUGCCUGCUGGUGUGUCCGCGGGUCUGGACGUCUCUAGAGAAUGGUCGCGUGUCAGUUUCUCCCCCCGGUCACUCAGAUGGCCCAGUGCUGCCCCCCUCUGGCCCCCCGGUGGAAGGCACGGUCCUACACUACAGCUGUCAUGCCGGAUUCAUCCUGGAGGGGCGCAAUUCCAGCCUCUGCACCAAACUGGGCAAAUGGGACGCGCCCAAACCCACGUGUCUAUAUGACAGAAACUACACAGGGAAAAAGAAGCUCUACAUCGGAGCGCUGUUCCCGAUGAGCGGUGGGUGGCCUGGAGGUCAAGCGUGUCUGCCCAGCGCCCAGUACGCCAUGGAUCUGGUGAACAACCGAACGGACAUACUCCCAGACUACGAACUCGAACUGAUACACUACGACAGUAUGUGUGACCCCGGAGAAGCGACUAAACUCCUGUAUGACCUCCUGUACACUGAGCCCAUAAAGAUAGUGCUGAUGCCGGGCUGCAGCGGAGUGUCUACACUGGUGGGAGAAGCUGCGCGCAUGUGGAACCUUAUUGUUCUCUCAUACGGCUCCAGUUCUCCAGCUCUGUCCAAUCGUCAGCGCUUCCCGACGUUCUUCCGGACCCACCCCUCUGCGACGCUCCAUAACCCCACCCGAGUGCAGCUGUUCCAGAAGUGGAAGUGGACCCGCAUAGCCACCAUCCAGCAGACCACCGAAGUCUUCACCUCCACUUUAGACGACCUGGAGCAGCGCACAAAGGAAGCGGGGAUUGAGAUCAGUGUCAGACAGUCCUUCCUCACAGACCCAGCAGUCGCUGUGAAGAACCUCAAGAGGCAGGACGCUCGGAUCAUCGUGGGGCUGUUUUAUGAGACAGAGGCGAGGAAAGUCUUCUGUGAGGUUUUUAAAGAGAAGCUGUACGGGAAGAAGUACGUGUGGUUCCUGAUCGGCUGGUACGCGGACAACUGGUUCAAAAUCAAAGACCCGGCCAUAAACUGCACCGUGGAAAACAUGACGGAGGCUGUGGAGGGUCAUGUAACCACGGAGAUCGUAAUGCUCAACCCCGAAACCCUCAAAGGAGUGUCCAACCUGACCUCUCAGGAGUUUUUGGAGGAGCUCAUGUCUCGUCUCGGUGGUAAAAACCCAGAGGAGACAGGUGGAUUCCAGGAGGCUCCUUUGGCCUUCGACGCGGUCUGGGCUCUGGCUCUGGCUCUGAACAAAACCUCAGAAAGACUCAAGGCCAAAGGGCGCCGCCUAGAGGACUUCAACUACAACAACCACGACAUCACCUCAGAGAUCUACCGUGCCCUCAACACCAGCUCCUUCGAGGGAGUCUCUGGUCACGUGGUAUUUGACGCUCAGGGCUCCAGGAUGGCCAUGACGCUCAUCGAACAACUGCAAGGAGGCAUGUAUAAGAAGAUCGGAUACUACGACAGCUCCCAGAAGAACUUAUCCUGGUUUGGAAACGACAUUUGGAUCGGAGCCGGGCCGCCCGCUGACCGCACCGUGGUGAGGGAGGAGUAUCGGUACCUGUCUCAGAAGCUGUUUGCGGCGGUCUCGGUGUUUGCUGGUCUGGGGAUCCUUUUGGGCAUCGUCUGCCUCACCUUCAACAUCUACAACAGCAACGUCAGGUACAUCCAGAACUCCCAGCCCUACCUGAACAACAUGACUGCAGUGGGCUGUAUGAUGGCUCUGGCUGCAGUCUUUCCUCUGGGCAUUGAUGGACACCACAUCCACCGCUCUCAGUUCCCUGUGGUCUGCCAGUUCCGCCUCUGGCUCUUGGGUCUGGGCUUCAGUGUGGCGUACGGCAGCAUGUUCACAAAGAUCUGGUGGGUCCACACGCUCUUCACCAAGAAGGAUGAGAAGAACGAGAGGAAGAAGCAGUUGGAGCCCUGGAAGCUCUACGCCACAGCUGGAGCUCUGCUCGCCGUGGACUUCCUGUCUCUGAUGAUCUGGCAGAUUGUGGACCCUCUGCACAUCACCAUCGAGAAGUUCACGAAGGAGGCACCGAAGGAGGACCUGGAUGUUCUGAUCCAGCCUCUGCUCGAGCACUGCAGCUCCGACAAGAUCAACACCUGGCUCGGUGUAGUUUAUGGAUACAAAGGUCUUCUUCUGCUCUUGGGAAUAUUUUUGGCCUACGAGACUAAGUCUGUUUCCACGGAGAAGAUCAACGACCACCGCGCUGUCGGCAUGGCGAUCUACAACGUGGCUGUGCUGUGCCUGAUCACAGCUCCGGUCACCAUGAUCCUGUCGUCGCAGCAGGACGCCUCUUUCGCGUUUGCAUCUCUGGCCGUGGUUUUCUCCGCAUACAUCACCCUCGUGGUCCUAUUCGUGCCCAAGAUCCGUCGCCUGAUCACGCGUGGCGAGUGGCAGUCGGAGCAGCAGGACACGCUAAAGACCGGAUCCUCCACAAACAACAACGACGAAGAAAAGUCCCGGCAACUGGAGAGGGAAAACCGGGAACUGCAAAAGAUAAUACAGGAGAAAGAGGAACGUGUGUCGGCUCUCAGGAACCAGCUUGCCGAACGCCAGGCCCUCCGCAGCAGACGCCGCCCCUCCACCGCCCACAACCACAACAGCGCCCCUUGCGGAGAACCGAAGUCCCUGCUGCCUCCUCCAGGAUACCCCACAGAUAGCCACCCACUGCCCCAGAGCCUGUACCCCAACGAGGGAAAGAUGAACCGCAACCACUGCCACAACAGCCAGAUCCCACUGCUCUACAAGUAACAGCAAACGUGCACCGAAACUCAGAUAUUUACAACAUGGAGGAACACGCGUCACUCCCACUGUGAACCACCAGGGGCAG